GACAACGAGAGAGUAAACAAGAUGGCGGAGGCCUGGGCUGAGGGCUGAGCUCGGGUGCGAAGCACCGAUAACGCAGCUUUCUCUGCCUCUCUGCUCCUUCUCACGGUUCAUGGCGGGGAUCGAGGAGAAGCAAGGAGAGGAGCUGCCUGUUCCUUCUGACCGCCAGCACGACCUCUCCCAGGGGCUCUCCGAGGGGCCCGGCUUGCAGCACAGUCCCCCUCACCAAGAGGAUGAAGAGGAGGAGAACGACGAUGAGCUCAAGGAAUUGAAACCCACAGAGGAGCAUUUGGAAGGAAUAUUGGAUGAAGACACUGUGGCUGAGGGUCUCCACAAGCUGGGGCGCUCAGCACCUGGUACUGAAUACGUUUAUCUUAAUCUGUCACUUUCAGGUCAUGAGUUGAGUGACAUUAACAUUCUCUCCAGAUACGUUCACCUACAGAAGUUGGAACUUUCAUAUAAUAAAAUCAAUGAUCUUUCUUGUGUCAGUCAGAUGCCUUAUUUACUAGAACUGAAUGCUUCCAACAACGAAUUGACUACAUAUUUUGGUUUUAAGCCACCGAAAAAUCUCAAGGAAGUAGAUUUUUCACACAAUCAAAUACCUAAAAUGCAAGAUUUGUCAGCAUACCAGUUACUAACUAAACUCUUGCUGGACUUUAAUAACAUAGAGGAGAUAAGAGGACUGGAGAAGUGUCAUAGCCUGACUCAUCUUAGUCUGUCACACAACAGACUCACAGCAAUUAGUGGCCUUGGGAACUUACCUAUCAGAAUACUCAAUCUGAGCUUUAACCUGCUUGAGAAGACAGCUGGGUUGGAGAGCUUGAAAAGUCUAUGGAAGCUGGACCUUUCUAGCAAUAAGAUAACUAGUCUAGAAGGCUUGGAGGGACAUGAUCUACUAGAGGUGAUCGAUCUAGAGGAUAACAAGAUUGCUGAGCUGAGUGAACUUGAAUGUAUUCAAGAUCUGCCUCUCCUCGGGACUUUAAAUCUUUUAAAAAAUCCUGUGCAGGAACAAAGAGAUUAUUGGCUCUUCAUGAUUUUCAUGUUGCAACAACUAACAGAACUGGAUCUCAAGAAGAUUUCAGUGGAAGAAAAGGUUGAUGCUGUGAAUCAAUAUGACCCUCCUCCAGAAGUUGUUGCUGCUAAAGAUCAUAUGACUCAGCUUAUGUAUAGCAUGCUGCAGCCCCAGAGAAUCUUUGACAGCACUCUACCUAGUCUCGAUGCUCCCUACCCCAUGCUGGUAUUGGUUGGCCCUCUCGCCUGUGGGAAGAGAGAGCUUACUCAUAGGAUCUGCAGACAGUUCAAUAAUUUCUUCAGAUAUGGUCCCUGUCACACCACCAGGGCAGCUUAUUUUGGUGAAGAAAACAGACUUGAUUAUCAUUUUGUUUCUCAAGAAGCAUUUCAGAAAAUGUUGAAGGCGGGGAAGUUUAUAGUAACCUUUAAAUACAGUGGCUAUUACUAUGGACUUGGAAGAGACACUGUGGAUUCAAUUGCCAGAGAGGGUCUUGCAACGUGUAUUCAUUUAGAACUAGAGGGUGUGCGUAGCUUGAAAAAUACCUACUUUAAACCCAGAUAUAUCCUGGUGGUACCAAUGAACAAAGUAAAAUAUGAGCGACAUCUACGGAGGAAAGGAUUAUACAGCAGGCCAGAGAUAGAAGAAGCAGUAUCCAGAGUGGACAUGUACAUCAAAGUAAGUGAGGAUCUGCCCGGAUACUUUGAUGCAGUAAUCAGCGCAGAUGAAUUGGAUGAGGCAUUUGCAGAGCUGAGUUUCCUGAUAAAGGAAUACCUGGGCCUGGAGCCACCUGCCAUUUCUGAUAGCAGUCAAAACAUGAAUAGCAAAGCAGGAACAGGUUCAAGAAUACGUUUCUUGCAAGAGCAAAGAUUGUCACCCAGCAGAGUAGCGACCGGCACUACUCAAUCUUCAACUAUCAAUGAGUUCUUGGACUCUUCUGCCAAAAAUUAUUCAGGAGACACUUUGGACAAACUUACUGCACAACUGAGCACUGUGGAAGAAGCUUCUCUCCAAAGACGUCAUGCUGCAGCACGUCAGGCUCUGUCAGGAAAGGCACCUGGUGCAUACGUCCAGCUGUUUCAAAGGGACCUUGGAAUCACUCCUGCACCAGGCAGCUCCCAGCAACAAUUACUGGAGCCAACAGCACGUAAUUCUCUGGUCUCAGAUGGAAAGAGUGUCACCCAAAACCAUGGCUUCCCCCUGAUUAGCACAGAAAGCAAAAAGAGUAAAAUUAAAAAAACCAACAAGGGGUAAGAUCAUGAAUGUUUUGACCUCCAGGAACAGGCAAUAAAGCAAAUAUUGUUUGCCAAGAUCAGGGUCUGCAGAUUAGUCUGACAUCUUACUGGGCAAUUGUGUCCAGGUCCCAGUUUUGUUGCUUUAUUUCUCAGUGCUGAGAUCUUUCUUAAUAGGAUUUUGUGAUGUCCCUUAUGGUGCUCCAUGGGCAGAAACCUUAGGGUGCUGGGACUGCAAAUAGGAUCAUAGAGUCAUUAAGGUUGGGAAAGACCUCUAAGCUCAUCAAGUCCAACCAUCAGCCCACCCCCACCAUGCCCACUAAACAUGUCCCUCAGUGCCACAUCUCCAUGUUUCUUGAACACCUUCAGGGACAGUGAGUUCCCCACCUCCCUGGGCAGCCUGUGCCAAUGCCUUAACACUUUCUGAGAAUAAAUUUUUCCUAAUUUCCAACUGGACCUCCUCUGGCACUGCUUAAGGCCAUUACUUCUCAUUCUAGAGAGGUACUCACUGUACCAGUAGAGGUGCUUGUAAGGCUAUUGCGUAAGCCAGCUAUUAAAAUAAUCUGGUUACAGCAUAGCAAGGUGAGGAGAAGAGAGAAGGAGUGAAAUACAGAGUGGAGUUAGGAACUAGUGAGCUGGUGAUUGGAAAAUUCUUAACCUGUUACUGUACCUUUAUCUGUAAGUUUGAUAGAGGAGGCAGAACCUCAACACAGUUCAUAACUGAACUGUGCAUUUAGCAAGGAGCUAUCUCAAAACAUAAUCAAAUGAAGAAUAUCUGUCAAUUGAUAUACUAUGCCAACACGUGCAAUGAUGUAUGUUAGGGUUUGGCAGUCCAGUGCAAGCGUAAUCUAAACAGAACGUGUAGCAGUCCAGGGCUUUAGUCUUCUACUCAUUACUAAUAUAAUCUGUGUUUAGUGCAUACAGACUCCAUUUAUCUCAUUAUUCCAUGGGGUAUUCGGGUCCUUUUUUUUAAAUUCACUUCCUUUCCAUUUAAAUGAUGGGAAAAUAGAGGUGGAGGCAAAAGCUUGAAGUUAGGGCACAUACCUACUCACAUGUGGUAGUUUUCUGUCAUGGGGAAGGUCUAGACAUAGAUUAUUAGCAGAUUUUAAACUCUAAUUUCUCCACUUACUUUUUGAUUGCUUGCUUAUUCUGAGUAGCAUUCCAAGAAACCUUAAUCAUUUCCCAUGAUGUUUGUACUAGAGAAGCCUUUUGCUAAACUCUGUGCAAGUAAAUAAGGAAAUGAGCAUUACAGUAAAGCCUCAUGUCAAGGUUUAUUAAAACUCACUGCUUGGCUAAGACUAAAAUAAUAGGGAGGCAUUUAGUGAAGCACCCAGUCUUCCUCUGUAUUAGUUUUGUUAUAGCUGCUGUCAGAGCUAUCACAGUAUAACACCUUAGUCAGAAUUAUUGAGUAUCUUAAGACAAAUGUGCUUGUCUGCUGCCACAAGUAAACAUGGGUUACGCUUGCAAGACUGCAGUUGUCAUAAUUUACACCACUUCCCUAUGUGGAAGAAGGUGCUACAUCAAAAACACGAUUUCCUCACAGAGAAAUCAUAAUUACAACCAACACAGGAUAAUGAUGCUGGUAAUUUAGUUUUUAUUUUGUGAGUUGCUUGCUUACGUGUUACAUGACAGAGAUUUCUGCUGUAGUGCUGCAUUAGUAGGGUUCUUGUCAGUAACCUAUCUGUAUUAUUUUGAGGAGAGCUUGGGCGCCUGCCUUACUGCUACACCCAGGAGUCAUCUCCUGCCAAGUGGUAGGUAAAUUACUUCCCACAGUUUAUCUUGUUUUAUGCUCUUUUAUAAAGGAACAGCUAGGAAGAAGAGCAGUGAAGAUGUUUCUUCAACACCAAGUAUGCUGGAUUUUGAUAUUGUUGAAUUGUCCAAGCUGUUUUUAUACUGAAGCUGGAUUCACUGCUCAUGAUUUCUUAUCAUUCUCACAGUUACGUCUGGUGCAUAUUAGGGGCAGCUAAAAUGGGACUACACCUCGGGCUGAGCACAGGGCUAUAGCAUUCAGUGUUGGGUGAACAGCCUUGGAUUCAAUUGGACCUCAGAGGAAGAUACAAACACUCAGUUCAUUACAGAAUGUAAUAUCCCUUUACCUUGAAGGCAGUAGAAAAUAUCACACAGACUUCUACGCUACCUCUAGUUAGAAGAUAAUUACCUGUUUCUUAUGGGAGUAACACACUUUUUAAUCUCAUUAUUCAUGAUCCCUUCUUCUCACUGCAUGGUUUUAUUAAAAUACCACAGAAAUUCUCUCCCUGUUCCUUGGAAUGCUGUGAUCACAGUAUUCUCACAAGGUAUAAUGCAUCUUGCAAGAAUUAGAGGAUGAAAUUCUUUUGGCCUGCACUAUGAAUAAGGUCAGGGUGGGUAAUCUUAGAGCUUCCUCACAGAUUCAUUAUGUCUAUGAAUCAGUUUGAUCAGAACAGUGCUUUCUAUAUGAAGGCAGACAUUAUCAAAUGUCUUAGGCAUUGCUCCAGAAAUAUGUUACGGUUUAACAUUAAAGAGGUAGUUAUUGAUCUCUCCAUAUCAAUCAGGGCCUUUCACUUUUCUUCAAGUAAAUUGAUAUUAUAUAGAUGGAAAUGGAAAGCCUAUACCAGAAUAAGGCUGGUCAUUAUCUUUGUCACAUUUAGUCAUUUUUGCCUUAAUAUGAAGGGUCUCAGACCACUCAGAUUUUUUGGGGGGUUAGUUUUUCUGUAAGACACCUAAUAGGUCAGAGGUGCCUUGGUUCUAGCUCAUUGGUAAAUGGCUACUUGUGAUCCAGGUUGUCACUGGAGUACUACAGAACUGCUUCUUUUCAAGGUAAUUCCCAUUUUAUUUUACUUACCAAAAGAAGCUGUUGUCUGUUGUCUGAUUUGGUAAUCACAGACUCAUAGAAUGGUUGGGUUGGAAAGGAUCCUGGCUGCCCCCCACCACACCAAGCUUCCCAGGGCCCCAUCCAACCUGGCCUAGAGCACCUCCAUGGAUGGGGUAUCCACGUCUUCCCUAGUCAACCUGUUCCAGUUCCUCACCACCCUCUGAGUAACAUCUUUCUAACAUCUGACCUAAAUCUCACCUCUUUUAGUUUAAAACCGUAACCUCUAUCCUAACACUAUCAGACUCCAAAUAAGGAGCCAUGAGUUCUGAUCUCAGAUCUGAUAUUCAGAAGCCAUCUGGCCAUGGUCCUGGGCAACCUGCUCUAGUUGGCCAUGCUUGAGCAGGGGAGUUGGACUAGAUAGAUCCAGAGGUCCUUUCCACUUUAAACUCUGUGAUUCUCUGAAGUUGAUUCACUGUGUGGCAUGAACCUCUUUGUAACGACUCUUAGUGUGAUUAAUUAGUUAAAUUGAUAAAUGAAAACGGAGAGAGCUAGUAGUUCUAUUUGCUAGCACUGGAAGUUUUGAGAGAACUGUAAUGUGUGAAAAAUCUUUAUGUAACUGAUAAGCACUGGCAUGCAUUUCUGAAUUCUGGUUGAGCUGUGUGAUUGCAACAUUAGUAAUAGUACCAGACUUGGUGUAUAUGCUUUUUUCUCACUA